AUGGAUCGCUUCGACACCGAGCUAUUCAUCGAUGAGGUGGAAAAAAGACCUGCUUUGUGGAACAUCCAAUGUGCAGAAUAUUCUAACAAAACGAUUAAAAACGGAGCUUGGCAGGAGCUGGUGGAGAUUUUUGGAGAAAAUGAGGAUUCUUUGGAAAAGAAGGUUCUUUUUGGUGUAUUAUUACAAAAAAAAUGGAAGAACAUCCGUGAUGCUUAUAAUAAGGAAUUCAAGAAAGGCAAAUCAAUUCCUUCUGGUUCUGGUGCAUGUAAAGGUUCAAAAUACAUGUAUUUCGACCGGCUUUCUUUUCUUCAGAAGACGAUAGAAAACAAAGAAACUAUCACAAACAUAGAUGAAGCCAAAAAUGAAGAAAUUCGGAACAUUGACCAAAAGCUAGAUAAUUUUGUAAAUGCACGUGAAAUACAACCGGUACCCAAUAAAAGGAAGAAAACUAAAAUUACUUCAGAAGAGCGAUUGGCUGACAUAUUAGAAAAUAGUAUUGAAUCAAGAGAUAAAAUACAAAGACAGAUACAAGAAAGUAUGUCAAAGCAAGAUGAUGAUGAUAAACUUUUUUGCAUGUCAUUGUAUAAAGAGUUAAAGAAAGUUCCAGAAAAUAAACGAUUGGCUACUAAAAUUGAAUUGCUCCAGGUAAUACAGAAAGGGCAGAAAUUACCAUCGCCUAUUCAUAUCACGAGCCAGCAAAACACGCCUAAUGCAGUAUUUUGGCAAAACCAACAAUAUUCAAACCCACAAGGAUAUUUCACUGGAUAUUCUACAAUAGUACCAGGAGAGUCUCCAUCGCCUUUAUCAUGCAAUAGCACUGACGAUUCACAGUCUUCUAUAGUACAAAAUAUAUAUUCUGACGUAUAAAAUAAAUAUCUUACCUUAAUG